AUGACGGAAGAGUUUGCUCGCGUGAAUCCCAAAAUGAGAGUGCCGGUAUUGGCAGUUGGCGAUGAAGUUAUCACCGAAAUGCCAGCUAUCCUUACAGCUAUCUCGGCAUUGAACCCGACUCGCCAAUUGCUGGGACAGAAUACAGCAGAGAUUGUUCGUUCAUACGAGUGGCUGAACUAUCUCUCUGGUACGCUCCACGGACAAGGAUAUGGAGGGCUCUGGCGACCGGAGAGGUUUGUGAGUGAUGAAUCAUUGUAUGCGGCAGUUCAAGAGAGAGCGAGACAGACCAUCAAAGAUUGCUGUGCUUUCGUAGACGGCAGACUCAGCGAAUCCAAGAGCACCAACUCCGUGGGAGAUUCUUUUACCGGCGUAGAUGCCUUUCUAUUGGUAUUCUAUCUAUGGGGAAUCAGAGUUAAGAUUGACAUGGAUACCGACUACCCGGCAUAUGCAUCAUUGGUCCAUCGCCUUUUGCAGAGAGAGUCUGUAAUCGAGGCUCAAAAAGUUCAUGUACGUAUGUGUUAG